UUUGCUUUGAGUGAGAGAUCAGUGAACAGUGAGUGAACAAAUGAUAAUAUGCGGUUGGUGGUGAUUAAUUGUAUAUUUCUGGUAUGGCUGGCCACAGCGCUAGCGGAGGACCGACCGCGUCGCCACCUCCACCUGAUCAAGGAUCUGAUCGUCAACAAGCUGUUCAGCUGCAACGGGCCCAACUGCACCCAGCCCGCAGCCCCCGACGUCCAGUUCUACAGCAUCCCUGGCUUCAGCGACGUCGUCAUCAAAGCUGUCCCCAAAGCAACUCUCCAACCAGUCACCUACGAAAAAAUACCACCAAAUUCACACAUAGGCAUUGUUGGAUCCUAUCUCGGCACCAGCACCUUAAACGAAACCUACAACGCGCUCUUGGGAGUCAAGAAUCUACUAACAUCGGGAAUCCUGAGCGGGAAAGCAGAAAUACUGAAAGAAGUAGGUCUACUACCCUCUAAGGCUUACAUCAUCGCCAAACCGAUCAAACCUUGCCCAGCACCUGCGGUUACCAUGCCUCUUCAACCUGUCCCAGUCUUGGUACAGCCCCCAAAAGUCCCAGUUUUUCCAACCCAAUAUUCGUACAAGCAGGUAAACCUAGACGGCUCCCUGACAACUUACACCAGUUCUCUGGAGUUGGGGAAUGGCGUGAGAGUGACUGAGAGCGGUAAGACAUUACCAUUCAUCAUUGAUAGAAUUAGAAAAAUUCCUGUGCGUUUGCCAGUUCCAGUACUACCAGAAGUAUCGAAAAUAUUUGUCUCGGAAUUCGCUCAGCCCGUUACAUACGCUUAUCAACAAAUACAAGAUGGUAAAAUGACAUCUUACAUGGGACUGCCUCCUACGUUUAGGCAACCAGGACCAGUGGUGGUCUCUAAAACAGGAUUCCCUCCAUCCCCCGUCUUUGUAAUGGACGGAAUAGAGAAAGUAGCUGCAAUCACAUCUUAUCCUAGAGGCCCCUACUUUAACGUUGCACCUACACCAGUAGCAUUGAAUGCUGCAGUGGUAAGGCCUGUGCCGCCAGUACCUAAUGUACCUACAGGAUAUUCUUAUUCACAAAUGGAUGUCAAUGGUGGAGUGACAACGCAUUUAGCAUCUGGAGCAAAUGGCGCUGUAAUAGUCACUGAUAACGGAAUACUUACCGCCCCUAUGAACGUUCCCAGUAUACCGGAGAAAAACCCUCAUUAUAAUCCAACUAGUCAUGGAGCGUAUUCUUUAGCCAUGCAUAUGCUGACGGCAAAAUGA